AUAUUGGGAUCCUCAGCGUCUGAGUUUACGACAGUCUUUGAACCUACCACCAGUGAGAAUUUAGCAGCUGUCACGUUUUAUUUUUUUAUUUUUUUUGUUAAGGCUGGGUGGGAACGACACGUACUCUGGUGACUUCAAUUAGUUAAUACUUAUACGAGGUGACGUGCUCACAAUGGCCCGCGGACAUCAGAAGAUUCAGUCGCAGCAGAAGGCGGCCAAGAAGCAGGCGGAGAUGAAGAAGGCCAAGGGGCAUGACCAGAAGACGGCGGCCAAGGCGGCGCUCGUCUUCACCUGCGCCGUGUGCAGGUCUCAGAUGCCUGACCCCAAAACCUUCAAGCAACACUUCGAGAGCAAGCAUCCCAAAUCCCCUCUGCCUCCUGAGCUGGAGGGCGUGGAGGCGUAAAAAAAAAAAAAAAAAGUCUCUGCCACCUUUUCCUCUCGUCUCACAUGGAUGACGACUUCGAGGCCCCUCUCGUACCAGCUCGGCACUCUUCUUGGUCCUUUUUUCUUAUUUUUUCUUCCUAAAACAUUUAAGUGACAUCGCCAAAUGGGAAGGUGAAGUAUUCAAUAUAGGGAGUGAUUGUCAUGCUGAGCCAUCCUUAUGUGACAAUUAAACUUUGCUCCAGGCUUUGACCUGGUUUGGGUGGGGGGCUUGCAUGUGAUUUCAUUGUAAACAGGGCGACAAUUGUUAUGAAUUACGUUGGUUGUAAGAAGCGGUCCUAUUCCUCACGCGUGUCGUUAACACUGUAUUGGUUUCACCUUGCUAAUUCUCAUUGUUGGCUCGUCACUAACCGGCCAGGCUGCUACUUAAAAAAUAAAUGAAUAAAUGCAAAGAUUACAUAAUUUACAGGAAAGUGUCAGGAACUGGAAUGUAUGCUCACUGAUGUAUUAUAGCGUUUUAUUAAAUUUUACUUUGUGGUA